AUGAAUAAUAAUUUACAAUUCAAUAUUCGAUUGUUGCUGGAUGAAGAAGUUCGAGAAAUACAAUACAAUCAAGAGCAGCGAACAUUGUGUGCUACUCUUAAAAUAGAAAGACUUUUAAGUCGUAGCCGAAGUAUAUAUAAUUUACCAGACAUUGAAUUUCGGAAAUCAUAUCGAAUGAAUAAGGCUACAUUAGAACGUAUUAUUGAAGAACUGACACCAUUCUUGAAGAUAAACCGUAGAAGUGACGGAAUAUCAGUAGAAUCCAAAGUUAGUUCUGCUGUUCGAUUUCUUGCUCAAGGUGCUUACCAAAGAGGCGUGGGUAAAGAAACUAACAUUGGCUUAUCCCAGCCUUCAGUGAGUAGAGUUUUGAAUGAAGUUAUUGAUUGUAUUAAUUUGCAUCUACUUCAUAAGUUUCGUACACGAUUUCAUAUUCCUGGAGUAAUUGGAGUAAUUGAUGGUUCACAAAUUGGUAUAUUCCCUCCUUCAACUAAUCAUAAUCAGUACCCUGAAUUUGUAUAUGUAAAUCGGAAAGGGUUUCAUUCCAUCAAUACCCAGUUGAUAGUUGAUCAUACCUACCGGAUACUGAAUGUAAAUGCCAAGUUCCCUGGAUCCACACACGAUUCUCACAUUUGGAAAAUGUCGUUAGUUAGAAACCAUUUAAGUAACACAUACAGGCGUGAUCAUGAAUGGCUUUUGGGUGAUAGUGGUUAUCCAUUAGAGCCUUGGUUACUAACACCUUUCAAUAAUCCAGGAGAUGGAAGCCCAGAAAGCAGGUUUAAUGUUAAGUUCACUUCAGCUAGAUCAGUUGUGGAACGAGCUAUUGGCAUGUUGAAAGGUCGAUGGAGAUGCCUUUGCAAACAAAGGAUGUUGCAUUAUAAGCCAACAAUUGCAAGUAAAAUUAUAAAUGCCUGCGCAGUUUUCCACAAUAUUUGUAUUGACAAUUUUGAUGCCGUUGGUGAAGAUGAAGAAUAUGAUGAACCUUAUAAUGCCAAUGACUUAAUACAUUUUCCAGCAGGAAAUGCUCUUCACACAGAGGGUAAUAAUAAUCGAUCAGAAAUUAUGGAUUAUAUAAAUCGUGUUCAAUAA